CUUUGUAAACAGAAGUUUAGCCAUGGAAAAAAUAAAGUGCUUUGGUUUUGAUAUGGACUAUACACUUGCUGGGGAGCCCAGUGUAACUCCGUCAAGCCUGGAGUGACACUCUGAAUCUGCAUCUGCCUCAUGAAGGCUAUAAAAUUGUAACUGUAUGUGUCUUGGCAGCAAAGGUAAACACAACCACACAAAUGCAUGAGAAUUGCAUACCUUACUGCACAACCCCUGCUCAUUCCAGACCAGCUUCCCUCCUAGCACGUCCUGUGUCAGUCAGGGAUGCCCUCACUCAUCACAGACCUGAAGGCUUGCAGUGUUCACUCUGGGGUACUGCUUUUUACCUUUUAAUGGUCUAUUGAUAAGCCAAGUAAUGGUAUUAAGAGGAAGUUGGCUUCUGUUUUUUAAAAAACUUCAGUUGUUUUCUUUCCACCCUGGUUGCAUAAUCCAUGAGCACUGGGUGCUGAUUGCCCUGUGCUGCUGUAGCAUUUGCCUGUGUUGGAACAGUACUAUUAAAAUAACAAUUCCUCUGGAGCUGGAGACUUGCCUUUGUGGCAGAGACAUGGCCAUCAAGCAGUAAAAAAAAUAAAUCAGAACAAGUUGUAGCACGUGCUUUGGUUUUACUGUCAUCCCAUGUGUUCUGGGCAACGACAGUGUAAAAAUGUGUUUGUGGCUCUGCCUCCUCCCCUGUCACAGAGCUGGGAAUGCUCAAAGACUGGGCCCUUCUCAGCUGGGUGAAAGAGCUGGGCAUGGGAUGGCAAAUAGCUGAGUUCAUGACGUUGCCAUGACACACAAACUAUCUCCAUCAGAGGUACCAGGAUUCAGCAACCAGGUCUGAAGGAGGAGAUAUUCCAGCAAAGUUUAAAACCAUGUUUUCAUCUUGCAGCUGGAGAAAAAAAAAGUAUUGAUCCGUCCUCUCUACUCUGUUUCCUCACGGCUGCCUGAAGACGUGAGAGAGAACAACCAGCCCUGAGUACAAUAUUGAAAUAAUGGAGAAACACCUGUAAUUGGGGCAUCUUCCCCAAAUGUGCUGCCACACAGUUGCAGUGAUGUCAGCCUGUCCAUUCUUCAUCUGAAGAGGUGGAUUGUUGUUUGCCCAGAGGAAGCUCCAGUUACUCAAAUAGGCUUGUGAGAAAUGUCAGGGGAUUGUGGCUCCAGUUGAUGCAGCCAGUGCUGUGGUGUAGGAUGCUGUCAGGGAGGGCUCAGGGAGCUCUCAUUCCCAGCUGUGUGUCUAAUUAAAGGAAAGUUUAUCUGGAACAGUAAGUAUGCUGGUAACUAGAGAACAUUUAUUGUCCCUUUCACAAAUCCAGUUUCCUGUGUCUCUGUUUAGUUCAUGUGUCAAGGAGAAGGCUCUCAUUUUCCAGAUAUUGUGGAGUAGAAGAAAAAUAGAGAGAUGGGAUCUGAGGCAUGAAUGAGCUAAUAGUUUAAUUUUAUUCAAAGAGACAUCAAGGAAGCAAAAUCUAGGGCUUGAGAGGUAAGGGGAAUAACUGUCCCCCCUAAAGAAACAUGUAGAUUAAUCCUAAUUAAUGUACUGCCUCAUCAGAGACUUGGGAUGAUGGAGGCUGAGGUUGAUACCUUUUUCUUAAUGGUGCUUCAGCUUGUUUUCUUGGAGAGUUAAAAGGAGUUCUGUGGUGAUUUCCUAAGAUGGAGAGGCAAAUGCAGAAAGAAAUUGAGUGAGGAUAUUUUGUGAGCAGCUGACCUUGUGUCCCACACAGCUGUUCCCUGGUGGAGACUUAAAAAGAUACACAGAUUGCUCAUCAAAAAGCCCUACAAUUUCCCUGGAAAGGCUCUGCUGGAGCUGUUGAUGAAUCACUUCUCCUUGUCCAGAGGGGAUGCCAGUGUGCUCCUGCCCAGGUUCCUGUCUGGGCUGCAUCACCAUGGUUGUGUAUAAAUCCCCUGAAUACGAAUCUCUUGGAUUUGACCUGACCGUAGAAAGAUUAGUUUCCAUUGGAUACCCUCAUGAGCUGCUCAAUUUUGUGUAUGAUCCUGCAUUCCCUACCAGAGGCCUGGUGUUUGACACCCACUAUGGAAAUUUGCUGAAAGUUGAUGCCUAUGGGAACCUCCUAGUAUGUGCACAUGGCUUUAAUUUCCUCAGAGGGCCUGAAACACGGGAGCAAUAUCCAAAUAAAUUUAUCCAGAGGGAUGACACAGAUAGGUUUUACAUUUUGAACACAUUAUUCAAUCUACCAGAGACCUACCUGCUGGCUUGCCUGGUGGAUUUCUUUACUAACUGUGACCGGUACACGAGCUGUGAAACAGGAUUUAAGGAUGGAGACCUCUUCAUGUCCUUCAGGAGUAUGUUCCAGGAUGUCAGAGAUGCUGUUGACUGGGUUCAUUACAAGGGAUCACUUAAGGAAAAGACCCUUGAGAAUCUGGAGAAGUAUGUGGUGAAAGAUGGGAAGCUGCCACUGCUGCUCAGCCGCAUGAAUGAAGUGGGGAAGGUGUUUCUCGUCACAAACAGCGACUAUAAAUACACAGAUAAAAUUAUGACUUACUUGUUUGACUUUCCACAUGGACCAAAGCCUGGGAGUGCCCAUCGGCCAUGGCAGUCCUACUUCGACCUGAUCCUGGUGGAUGCACGAAAACCCCUCUUCUUUGGGGAAGGCACUGUGCUCCGGCAAGUGGACACGGUGACCGGGAAGCUGAAGAUUGGUACUUACACUGGCCCACUGCAGCACGGCAUUGUGUACUCGGGAGGCUCUUCGGACACAGUCUGUGACCUGCUGGGGGCCAAAGGGAAGGAUAUCUUGUACAUCGGAGACCAUAUCUUUGGAGACAUCCUCAAAUCCAAGAAACGCCAGGGCUGGCGGACCUUCCUGGUGAUCCCCGAGCUGGCGCAGGAGCUGCACGUCUGGACAGACAAAAGCGCCCUUUUUGAAGAGCUGCAGAGUCUGGACAUUUUCUUGGCUGAGCUGUACAAGCAUCUGGACAGUAGCAGCAAUGAACGCCCCGACAUCAGCUCCAUCCAGAGACGCAUUAAGAAAGUGACCCACGACAUGGAUAUGUGCUAUGGGAUGAUGGGGAGCCUCUUCCGCAGCGGCUCUCGGCAGACACUGUUUGCCAGCCAGGUGAUGCGCUACGCUGACCUCUAUGCAGCCUCCUUCAUCAACCUCCUCUACUACCCCUUCAGCUACCUCUUCAGAGCUGCCCACGUUCUGAUGCCACACGAGUCCACAGUAGAGCACACGCACGUCGACAUCAAUGAGAAGGAGUCACCGAUGGCCACACGCAAUCGCACCUCGGUGGAUUUCAAAGAUUCCGACUACAAGCGGCACCAACUGACCCGUUCCAUCAGUGAGAUCAAACCGCCCAACCUCUUCCCCCAGGCACCUCAGGAAAUCACACAUUGCCACGAUGAAGAUGAUGAUGAGGAAGAGGAAGAGGAGGAGGAAGAGGAGGAAGAGGAAUAAGAAGGAAAAAAACAAGUAUUUCUGAAGAUAAACCAUGACUCUAGCAGUGAUCAGGAAUGGAUUCUGUUGUUGGGGCCCUUGGUUUGAUGGGUUGGGGGGUGUGAUUCUUGCAAAGGCACAUUUUGAAAGUAUUUGGAAACUUCUAACAAAUUAACACUAAUUAGGAGGAGACCCUUGUUUUCAGUUUUGCAGACGGUUCAAAAAGCUGAUAGAUUCUAACUGGGUGGUGCAUUCAGAUUGGACUGCCCGCCUGUGCUGUCAUGCUACUCCCAUUACAUUUUGGGAUGCUGCAUGUUUCUGCCUUUCCUAUGAUAUGUUUCACUUGGUUUUCAUUUGAGCAGUGUCCUGUGAACGGUUUUUGGCAUUUGUUACAUUCUCUGUGGAGCAGACAGGAUGUGCUGGGCCCUGCAGGAGACAAAAUAAUCCAAAUCCUGCUGCCUGUUAGGUUGCUGCCCUUAAUCCUCUGCUCCUGGGUUACGUAAUCCCCCCUCCCCAUGUUAGCCAGGGUGGUGUUGUGCCUUCCAGCACUCAGUUUACCUUCUGUUGAUGUGGGUUUCUCUAUGUAAGUGGUCUGACUCCUCCAGCCAUCAUGGUUGGCAGUGAGAUUCCAGCUCUUGCACAUCUGCUGCAAUACCCGUUUCACCUUGUAGCUGCUUGUUACCCUCUCCCAGUGUCUCCAAGCUCUUUCACCAUUGGCAUGUGAUACAUAAUUUCCAGGGCAUUUCUCAAACAUUUGAGCUGCACACUCUGUUCUCAACUCCUCCAGUUUCAGCAGUAAAUAUUAACCCAGGAGCCUGAAGCUGCUGCUUUAGCAUUACAUUAGUUACUCUGUGUUCCUCCUGACCUUUCUGUCCUCUCAACUUUAAGUGAAGCAUCCCAAAACCAACCCCAGCCACCAUCUGGAGUAAAAGCGCCUGUUGUGCCAGGGGGCUGCAGGCCUCAUAGGCCUGCCCUUAACUAGGAAACAGCACAUGGCCAAGGGCCAGCCCCAGGGUGGGAGUGGGAAGCUCCCGGCCGUCCAGCAGCUGCCCUGGUCUUUGGUCUGGUGCGGAGCAAGCGGAGCCUCAUCGCCGGCCGGGGUGGGCAAGGCUGCGUCCCUGGCCAAGGAGGGGGACGGCUGCUGUGUGGGGACCGGGGGUGUCCAGGGAUGGGCAGGUAGUCCUUGUGCCUGAAAGCCAGCCCAGGGAAGGCAUGGAACUGGCAUACAGCUGGGCAGCAGUGCCCUGUGGUUUUCCUCUGAGUCAUGGGUGCAGCCUCCCUUACUCCAGCCUCUGCCGUUCGCUGCAAAGGGAUUACAACGAGGGCCCUCUUGUAAUGAAUUUGACUGCUGUUUCAGUACCAUAAACUCAUUUAAUUUUUUUCAUUUUGAAGUACCUUAGUAGAGAAUAAAAGAAGAAAAACCACAUCACCAACAUCUGAGCAGGAAAAUGCUGCUCCAGUGGCAGUUGUUCAAGUCAAUAAAUGAUGUUUCUAAGAA